UACAUCAUGCACAUGAAAUGUUGGAGUGGCGCUGAUUUUUGAUUUUGCUUCCUCAAAACCUUCAAAAUACCUGAUUUUUCUACAGCUUUUCUCAAUAAGCACAAAUAUUAGAUGAAAAACUCAAUGGAGGAUGUUAUGAAUGAAAUAUCAAGACUGUCAGACAGUGAAUUGCGACAGCAUUUGAUUGAACGUGGCGAAUCUGUUGGCCCAAUUUUGCACUCGCUCAGAAAAUUAUUUCUGAGGAAGCUUGCAAAACAUAUUUUGCGAGAACGAGGGAUCAACCCUGAUGAUGAUGACGAUCCCAGUAACAAAGAAUCUUCCUGUGAUGGUGGCAACUGGGUUGGGUCGGUGGCAGUUCCCGGUGCCAGUCGGCCCAGUGGCAUCAGUCAUGUCGUUGAUGAUGACUGCUCAAAACCACGCAAUAAUAAUGCCGCAGAUGGACAAGACCCAGGGUCAGACACAGUCUAUUUUAGUAUCAGCUUACCUGCUGUUAUGAGUGGAAAUCUGUCGGUUCCUUCAGGAGACGAUCUGGUAUUUAGAGACAAAGCCAAUGCGCUGAAGUUGAUGAAAGAAUUCAAGGGGUCAAGAUUCAAAGUCUUCAAAGACAAAGAAGAUGCCUUAAGAUUCUGUCAUGUCCCAGCUGAGGAGAUUUGCCCAUCACCAAGGAGACCACUGCCUCAGGACCAUGAGCAGAUUCCGCCUGCAAAGUCAGGGCUGACUGAGGAGAAAUGCUCGUUCAAAGAACCAUCAAGAGCAGAACGAAUCAAUCUGAUGAAGUUGAUAGAGGUGGGAGAAGCUGAGGAGGUCAAAAGAAUACUAUGGAACAACCCUCGCAUUGUGAUUAGCAAUGGGGACACACCUGUUAUUCUUCAUGAAGCAUUCCGAUACAAUGCGCUGCACAUUGCUGCAAAGUUCAACCAAGCUGCGAUUUGUCAAAUCUAUAUUGACACCAUAGAGGAUGAGGCAUUCCUCAAAUUGAUGUUUCCAACUGAUACUCAUGAGACAACAACUAGCCGCAUCAACUUUCUGCUGGAUCUCUACCUUAACAUGCCAGAGAAAGGGGUUUUUGACGGUGUCCUACACACUGCGAGCAAGUAUGGCUCCUUGGCAACAAUAAAGAUCCUUGCUGCCCAUCCCCAAACUGAUCUCAACCUACGGAACAGGUAUAACGAAACGGCCGCUGAUGUGAUCUGUCGACGAGCAAGGGUCACUUCUGCUCAUCUCAAAGAUGAAAUCUUAGCGAUAUUGACAAGUAAUGUGUAUGUGCCACUACUGAGGACAGAAGACAACACAGAGGCACCGUACGUUGGGAAACCGUGGUCACCAGAUGCGAGAGUGAAAGGAAACCAAGAGUUGUCUGUUGGUGAUGUUUGGGAUUCUGACACAGUCCCUCUGGGAGAUUUCUCUCCUGCUGCUGGUCAUUCCCCUCUGAGUCGGACACCCAAAGACGCUAAGCUGAAGGUUAAGGCCUAUGCUGGUCCAAUGUCUCCUACUCAGGCAGACAAGUUCUAUAAGAAGUGGCAAAGUUGUCCUGUGCGGAGUCCACAUCACGUGAAGCUGAAAUACCAUGAGCUGAAGAGGGGAGAUAUGGAAAAGGGCCUUGAGCGGCUUGGAAGGGACCUGGCACGAGAUCUCCACGUUCCUUGGACAGAGCAUUGGGACUUCCUAAACAGCUUCAUUGACCUAGCAUCCCCUGCUGGUCUGAAACAUCUUGAAGACUUUCUCCGUGGGAGAGCACAAAAACAAUGCCAACAUUUGAAUUUCGGUGGUGAAAACAAUAACGUUGAAAAGAUAACUGAUGGGUCAUUUUGUGUUACAACAGCUUCAGACUCUUGUGAUAAGUGCUUGUGUUCAACCUUGGAUUCAUUUGAUGAAAGCCUGGAGGAGAGGUUGAGCGGUGGACAUUCACUGUGCAUGAAAUGCGGUGGGAGAAUAGAAUUUAAGAAUGGUGCUGAAAAUAUAAGUAGUGAUUUGUCACAAAUUUCAGACAGUGCUCAGGACAGUUCUCUUGGAAGUCUCGUGGAACAGAUGGGGAAUUUAAAAAUGAACUGUAGUUCUGAGGAAACUGGAGAGUCACAUUCUAAGAUGCCGAUUUUUGGGUAUCUUUCUAGGACAGUUGAUGGUAAUGGUGCCAAUUCAGAUGAUCUGGACUCAGAUGAUGAGGAAUUCUUCGAGUCUUCAGGUAUUUUGGAAAACGAGGUUGACAAAAUUUCAGAAAAUGUGGCAUCUAUGUCUCAGAUUUCAAAAGAAUCAGACACAUUGAAAAGUGAUAGAGUGUGUGUGAUUCCAAUUUUGCAAGAUACUGACAAAUCUAGCCGCUGGUCUGUGAUGGGGGUUCUAAGGAAUGCAUUUGCAGGACUUAAAAUAUUCUCGCCAAAGCAGAAAGGAAUUAAGGCGGCAGAACAAAAUUUAGAAACGAGUCCAGGGCUGGAAAUUGAGGAGAAUCCGAAAAUUACGAGCCCAGAUGAUGAUAUUUUUGUUGAUGCUGAGGAUUCCAUUGUUGCUGAGGAUGAAAUUUGUUCUGCAGCCAGGGUCCAGGUUGACUCGAGAGUUUCAGAGGAUGAAAUCUGUGCAGAUUCUAGGGUCCAUGUAGACUCCAUGGCUGCUGAGGAAGAAAUCUGUGCUGCUUCGAGUGACAAGGAAUUGUGUAGUACCCCUAAGUGUGGCUACUCUGACUCGCCCCGAUUUCAUGAACAACAAAUUGGUAGUAUGCUAUUCCCUGGGAGGUUACAAAGGAUCUUCAUUGACGGGAAUCAACCUACUAAGCUUGACUUGGAUGUGCUGAGGGCCGUGGAAGUAGUUGGCCUUGACCCUGACCUGUAUCCUUUUACAGCCAAGUGGAAAGAGACGGUGACUCAGUUCUCAAUGAAUGAACAAUCAAGGUGGCCAAGUCCUGCUUCUGUGCGGAGGAAAUCCCGUCUUCUAACACCUCUGGGUCAACCGAGAACAGUCUUCCAAACUACCCCUAAAACUGGCCACUCGGAAGAUGAAGUCGUCUCGAGAUUACAAUUCUAGCUGUGCAUUGUUUACAGACACUAGUAUCCACUGAUGAUCUUUUUGCAGACGUACUAUAGAAUUGUGACAAUUGUCCCUACUAUUCAUAUCGAUGCACAGAAGGUUAUGAAUACGUAAGUUACUACAUAUACCCUGUGAAUGGCUAUGAAAUGAUCUUUUGCAUAUUAUUUUAGUCCCCACACUACUAAAUCAUGGGACAUUUUGCCACUCCUUGUAAAUUAUGUCAGUACAUGUUUAUUUUAUGGACACUUCAUGUUAAAUUAUGUCGGCUAAUUCGCCUUUUAUAUAGUUCAUAUGCAAUCAUGUACAAAAUAAAAUUGUUUCAGGA